ACCGUGAGACCAUCCCUCAACCGUGCGGCCGUGAGGGCCGGGAUGCCGCGACCCGAAAAGAUAAGCAGCCACCGCCGCUGGCCGGAGCCGAAUGGCGCUGCUCACGCCACCGCUCGCUCCCCUUCUCUCGCCGGCUCGCCACCGCGUCGCGUCUCGCCCGCUCCUGGCCGCCGCGACAACUCCUAGCCCUCUCAUUUCUCUCUUCCCCUACAGUCACCGCCACCACGACGCACUCUGCCCCGACGGCCGGCCGCUCCGCCGGCGCCGCCGCUGGGGCGCAGCUGCCUCCCUCGAUCAGGAGGAUUCUGGAGGCUCUGAAACCACCUUCGCUGCGGAGGAAGACCCAGGACCACCGGUUUCCUCUGAUGCGGCUGCUGAGGAUGGCGUCGCGGCUUCCGCCGAGCAGGCGGAGGCCACCCCGGAGGACCUGGAGAAUAUCCGCGAAGUCAAAAGGGUACUUGAGCUGCUGAAGAAGAACAGGGACAUGACCUUUGGCGAGGUUAAGCUAACCAUCAUGAUUGAGGACCCUAGAGAUAUAGAGAGGAAGAGGACACUCGGGAUAGAGGAUCCUGAUGAAAUUACUAGGGAUGAUUUAGCUGACGCUUUGGUUGAGGUUAAUGAAGGACGGAUUCCAGAGAAUCGUAUUGCACUUCAGUUGCUUGCCAAGGAGAUGGCAGAAUGGCCCGACCUUGAGGUAGAAGCUCCAAAAGGGAAGAGCAAACCUGGGAAAUCUGUCUAUGCAAAGGCCACAGAUACUGGCAUCGAUCCUGAGACAGCUGCUAAAAGACUUAACCUUGACUGGGACUCUGCUGCUGAUAUAGAUGGCGAAGAGGAUGAUGAUGAUGAAACUGAAGUGCCAUCUGCAGUGGGAUAUGGUGCUCUGUAUUUGUUAACGGCCUUUCCCGUUAUUAUUGGAAUAUCAGUUGUUCUAAUUCUUUUCUACAAUUCUCUGCAGUAGUGAACCUCUGUGCUCCUUCCGUUCUUGAGUGAGAUGUAGCCUUUUUUGUAAAUCCGAGUUUCAAGGCUAGUUAAUCAGUUUUUUUUGUCUCA